AUGGAGCCUUCAUCAACGCCGUUAGACCUGUUGAGCCAAACUGGUAAGGGUUUUUUAGAUUACUUGUUUUAUUCUGAUCCUUUUCUGCUCGACAACUUCAAAAUUUGCUUUGCCCUUCAUGUCUUCUUCCUUUUUUCACUCGGUCAAUACGUUAAAAAGCCGUUUUGUGAAAUUUUCUUCUAUCUUUUCCACUUCUAAGCCUGAAAAAUAAUUUUUAGUGAAACGAUCUAAUGAUCUCAAAUUUUAUGGUAGAUCCUUAAGAGAAAAUUCAUCUCAUUUUUUUCUUUUUUUUCUGAUUUUCAAACAUAUGUUGGAUUUGUAUAUUUAAAAAAACUCCUCACUUUAAAAAAACACUUAGUUUCGAUCUGUUCAGACGCUUUUUUUCAUGUUGCCAUCAAAGCGUGGGAUACGUUUCAGAGAUCAUCGUUUCAAGCCCCACGAUUUUUUUGAUCCGUCGAAAGUGAAAAAAAAAAGGGAAAAACGUCUUUAGGCCAGCAAAAAACUUCAGCUGAAAUCUGACUCUUCCCUAAACGCAAAAAAUGAUUUCAAUUAACUGAAAUCAAAAAGUUCAAAAACAUGGAUUUUUCAAGAAACGAAAAAUUUACUGUGAGAGUUAGUUUUAUCUCUCAGAUGAGGACAUUUUUUGCGAACUUUACAAGUUUUUUUGAAACUCAUCUAAGAAUCCUGUGUAAAUUCGAAUCAAGAUACUCAACUAUCUGCGCUAAGAGAAUUUGAGUUCUCAGGACUUGAGUUUUUUUAGGUAGCAACUGAGAAAAACUUUCAUUAAACCUUCAGAGAGUAGAAACUGACGUGAACUCUGAAAACUUUUUCUGCAUCAAAUGAGCCUUGACUAACUUUAAUUGGAUUGCAGAGCAAUGCGUGGUGUGCGGCGACUCUGCGGACGGGUUCCAUUACGGCGUCCGCUCCUGUCGCGGUUGCAACGCAUUUUUUCGUCGCGCGGUCACCUUCAACAUGAGUUUCGCCUGUCGACGCGGUGGAAACUGUCCAGUUGACAAAAGUAUGAAAGUAUUCCGAUCAAACUUGAAUCGUGUAACCUUAGAGAAAAUGAAAAAAAACGUUUCAUCUCAAAGCAUUUUUUUUUUCAUUUUAGAAAAAUUUAUCUAAGUUUACCAUUUCAUUGAAUUAUUCACAUUGAAAUCCUGAUAUAAAAAAUUUUUCGAAAAAAAAUGAGAAAAUGAAAUUUUCAGAUGCCCGAUGUGCCUGUAGAGCUUGCAGACUGGCUAAAUGCUACUCAGUGGGAAUGGAUAAAAAAGGUAAAGAAUGCUUUCAUCAUCUCCUAGAUUCAAUUUUUUAAGCCGUGCAGCCCAAAAAAGAAGCACACAAUGGACACGCUUCGACAAACGAAGAAGAAUAUGAAAAAGGUUUUUGUAAAAAUUUUUUUAUGUUACAUGUUUCUGCAAAUAAAUAUUUUUUUCUUUUAUUAAAUGAGUUUAAAAUUGUAUUCAAGUUGAAAUAGAAAAAUAAUUUGCAGAUUUCUCCCAAAGUUGAGUACGAAAAAUCAGAACAUCACUUCGCCGGCUUCUUCUGCUUUUUACACCACUUAGCGCUCAAUUAAGUGCAGUGAGUCUGUGUUCCUUAUUUUGCGGGUAGCGCUUUUUCAGAAGAUCUUUCAGACGUAUUCUGUUUGUUAUGGUUCAAUUCGCUGUUUCAUUACUUACUGUUGUUCUUUAAGUAGUUCAAUCCGAUUUUUAACAAGAGUUUCCAUCAUUUUUUUUUAAAUUCUGAACGAGAUGGUCUUCCAAUUUUAAUACUCUGUAAAACAAUAAAGCUUGUAAAACUCAAAAAGAAAGUAUAGGGUAUAAAUCUCUAAAAAAAAACUGGUUAAAAAAUUCAAAUUUUUGUGGCCUAGGACGUAUUCCUUCCUGCGAUUCCUCCUUCCCCUCCUCCAGACUGUUCUCCCAUCACCCGACAGUGUUACGACUACGCCGAACAAAAACGGAGGAGACGAUCAAUGUUAUGUUUUUCGCUUGAAGAAAUCCUUUCAGUUGACUGCGUAAGUACCUAUUUCACUAUAGACCACAUUUCUGGGUUUUUAUAGGACACAGGUCUUAGAGGAAUUGCAAACGCUUUAGAUUACGCACGAAUUUUUCAAGUAAGUUUUUGGGAACUCAACAUGAAAGUUGAUCAAUUCUCAAACAGGUCCAAAUGGUUUUGAUGUUCGAGUGGGUCGAGAAGUUGCCAGAGUUCCGGUUAUUACAAGAUCCACUUGACAAGGUGAAUUUUGUGAAUUCGUUUUUCAACUUAGUCAUGAUGAAAAAUUUUAACCGUCACGAGCUUUUUUUAACGAUUGAAUAGAAACUGCACUUCAAAGAAGUAUUGAAUUUGUACUUGAAAACUAAUAAGCUUGAAGGUUUUGACUCAUACAGUUUCUGUCUAUUCAAUUUUUCGUAGCGUUCAUCAAUUAGCAUCAAAUGAAGGGGAUUUCAGACCAAACUAUUGCGAGCAUUUGCUCUCCGCUACAUUUUACUCGACAACGUGUUUCACACGAUAGAACUGGGUUAUAGCGACCGAGUGAGUCUUAUCACUCAAAUCGGUUGUCGUCAUCGUUUUCUCCUUUCAAGGUUGUCUUCGUCAACAAUAACUUCAUCAUUCCCGGACAACAAGCCUCGAUGCUCGGAGUCGAUGUUCUCGACGAGCAGAAAGUUCGGAAAUUGUAGGCUUGAUUAAAAAGGUUCUAAAAUGAUACAGCUGCUUCAGGAUGUAUGGUCAAGAAAUGCGAGAAAUCCUUGAGGAACUCAUCAUACCUAUCACAAACAUGCAGCUCACAAUCGGCGAAAUGAUGACGUUAAGAAAAAUUAUGUUCUGGAAUCCUGGAAACGUUAGCCUUUCAUCUCAAGGCACCCAAGAUGCCCAAGAAGUUGGUUUUCCUUUUUUUGUCGUAGCAUGGAACUUUGUGAUCACUGAAAAAAAUCUUAAAAGUGCGAUGAAGUUCAAAAUACACAUUUUAGACCUCCCUUUUCGACAGUAUUUUUUUUUACCGUUUCUGUCUGAAAUUAUAUUAACAGCAUUGGGAAAAAACCAAAUUCAAAAAAAGCAUAUUUUCGGUGAUAAAUCCGUUAUAUCAGUUUGAACCGAAACCCUUAUCCUUCACUCUAAAAAAAAGUUCAGAUCUCAGAACAGUACGAAACAUUUUUUUGACCAAUUAAACUGAUAUCAAAUGGGAAGUUGAUAAAUUUUCAAAAUUUGUAAUUGGGGCGCUUCAGAGUAGAUUUCAGAAAACAUUCGGUAUCUGCAAAUGUGCUCAAAAAUUCAUUCAGUUUUUCUUGAUGAUUACCCACAAAAUGAACAUUCUCACCAAAUUUUCCAGGCCUCGAACACAGCCGUCAAAGAACUAAACGCCUAUUUCGAGACGGAAUGUAUAGACAAUGUUGAAACUCGGAUUGGAAACCUUCUUCUUCUCAUUCCAUCUUUUUCAGUAAGUUUUUUGACUGGAAUAUAGCCGCUUAUAAUCAUAAUUGCGUUGGUUUGAACGCUGAAAAUGAGUCAAGAAUUUUUUGAAACAACAAGUUUUCUCAAGAAUCCCUUUGUCGAAAGUAAGCGCGACGCUAACCAAAAUCCUUGAUUUUCGAUAAACAACAAAUCCCAAGUUUCAGAAACACGUUAGGAACAUGUACGAAACAGUCAAACUGAUCCCUUCCUUUGGUCGGAUGCAAGAAUGGAACGCUUUUAUGGACGAUUUAUUAAGCGGUGUUUAA